GCAGUACCCGGAUGAAGCUGGUCGCCAUCUUUACUCCAUCCCAGCGCUGCCGGUGGGGCGGAACAGCACUCAUCGACCCAGUUGGUUUGAAGGAGCCACAGACAGGGCUGGCACAUCACCACUGUGUUUUGCACUAACGAUCUGUCACUUUGAUUAGCCCUUUUGCUACGCUACCUGUAUCUUGAUACACAAUGGGAGAGCGAGAGGAUCUAGUUUAUCAGGCGAAACUCGCCGAGCAGGCAGAGCGAUAUGACGAGAUGGUGGAGUCUAUGAAGAAGGUGGCAGACAUGGACGUGGAGCUCACAGUGGAGGAGAGGAACCUACUAUCAGUGGCCUACAAGAAUGUGAUCGGAGCUCGGAGAGCCUCCUGGAGGAUAAUCAGCAGUAUCGAACAGAGGGAAGAGAACAAGGGCGGAGAAGAGAAACUGAAGAUGAUCCGGGAAUACAGGCAAAAGGUGGAGAAGGAGCUGAAGAACAUCUGUAAUGAAAUUCUGGAAGCACUUGAAAGGCACCUACUGCCAUCUGCUAAGAUAGGAGAGUCGAAGGUCUUCUACAACAAAAUGAAGGGUGACUACCACAGGUACCUGGCAGAGUUUGCCACUGGCAACGACAGAAAGGAGGCAGCAGAGAACAGUCUGGUGGCCUACAAAGCUGCUACUGACCUAGCCAUGUCAGAGCUGCCACCCACACACCCCAUCCGCCUCGGGCUCGCCCUCAACUUCUCCGUCUUCUACUAUGAGAUUCUCAACUCACCUGACCGCGCUUGCAGGUUGGCAAAGGCUGCGUUCGAUGACGCCAUCGCAGAACUGGACACACUGAGUGAAGAAAGCUACAAGGACUCCACACUUAUCAUGCAGUUGUUACGUGACAACCUGACACUAUGGACUUCAGAUAUGCAGGGAGAAGAGUCCUAAAGGAAACAAACCUGUUCAUUUCCCAUGUUAACUGUACUUUGUGAAGAACAGAACAAAGAGGCACUGCAAGACGCUGAGGACGAGGCCCAGUGAGACUAUGCCACCAACAGCCAACAACUUGAGACCCUCACCCCACCCCCUGCACUCCCUCCACCUUCAUCUCCCCCCUCCUCUUCCUCCUCCUCAACCGCCCCACCCAUCCAUCUACAAGUCACUUUCCUCUUUGUCGUCCUUUUUCCUUUUCUUCCACCUCUGUAGCUCCAAGACCCAACAGGGCCACGGAGUUAACAAGUUAAUUUUUCUCUUCUUUUUUUAUUUUUUAUAUUAGCCCUGACAUCGUUCAAGUAAAUACCACUUAAUUGAGGCAGGAAAUACAAUGUUAGAAAGGCAAAGAUAAAGAAAGCGGUCCCUGGAUUGUUUUUUUUUUUUGUCCUGGUACAAGCAGUUCUGAAAAUGUUAUCUUUUGGUUUCAUUAUUGUAUUUUUUUGUUGGUUUUUUUGCUUCUUUUUUUUCCUCAAUAUUUUUAUCAGUUGCUGGAUGUAUUGAGAAUUUUUUUUCUUAAUGUAAUUACAGAAAUUAACUUUUAUUACUGACAAUGUUGACUAUUAGUUGUGGGAGCUAUUUUAUCUGUUUUUAAUGAAAUGUCAUGCAGAUCAUUUGACCGUUUUUAGGGGCAGUUUGGAAGAGUACAAGUGCCCUUUUUGUUAACUUAGUAGUUGAGAGGAAGUUGGCAAUAUUCGCGAUAUCCACGUGGGGCAAAGAAGUGCUUAACUUUUACACCAUAGUGAUUCUGUUGUCAUGUUCAUGUAGUUGUCUUUGGACUGUACUUUGUGCUGAAAUACUGUAACUGUGCACACAUUCUGGCUCUCUGAAGGUUUAUCUCUUGCUGGUGGUUUGAAAAAAGAAAACUUGGGAACUCUCUAACUUGUGUAAAAGAGUAGACUUAAUUUGGCCCCAUCCUUAAAUGAAGAAGAUCCGUACUUGCAUGAGUUAAAAAUAAUUAAUAUUCUAUUUUUCUUUUCUGCUGCUUCCCCCUGCUUUUUAUCGAUGCUCCUCUGCCAUUCAGAGGGUGUUUUUUCUUUUGCAGUUUCUUUUUGUGUUGCUUCAUUAUGUGUAACUUGGAGCUGAUUUGUACUACUGGAUAUCUGACUGGAGCCACAGACAGGGAAUCUGUAUUGUUCUUACUGAAACACAGCAUGGAAUUAACAUUAAACAAUCUAAAUUAAACAUUAUAAGCUGA